AUGCAUUCAAAUACUUGUAUAAUAUCAACAAUUCCUUUAAAUGAAGAAUUAAAUAAAAAUAAAUUAGUAGAACAACAACAAUCUUUAAUUGAUGAACAAUUUAAAGAUUGUGAUUCUCCACAAAGUGGAUCUGAUAAUUUUAGUUCCCCACCACCACCAAAUUCUUCAAUUUUUGGACGUCAAUAUCUCGGAACAUUAUUUAUUUCUUUACCAGACGGUAUAAUACUUGAAUAUCAACAAAACAACAAUAUUUCUUCUUCCUCAACUUCUUCUGAAGAAGAGAAUCAAUCCUCAGAAUUUUGUUUAAAAAUAGGGGAUUCUUUAUUUAAUUAUUUAUAUGGAAAGGGGGCACAAACAAUGUUGUUAAAUGCUUUUUGUGGACAUUCACGUAGAAGAAUGUAUGCUAGAAUUAAAUGGUUAGGGAGAAGAAGAGGGGAGAUAAUAAUAAUUUUAAUUUAA